AGAAAUGAGGACAAGUUGAGAAAUGCAAGAAAUGACCGGCACACACUCGUCCCAUAGCAGAGAAGAAGAAGCUCAGAAGAAUAUGGGUGGGGGUUGGACAACCUUUCCCUUCAUCAUUGUAGCUGGGUUAGCACUUGCAAGUUCAGGAAUUGGGGCAAACUUGAUCGUAUAUCUGAUACAAGAGUUCAAUAUAAAGAGCAUAACUGCUGCUCAGAUUUCUAAUGUCUUUAAUGGCAGCACAACUCUGUUCCCAUUUAUUGCUGCUGUGGUUGCUGACUCUUUCUUUGGCUCUUUUCCUGUAGCCUUGGUUUCUUCCUCUGUUGCUUUGCUGGGAACAGUGAUAUUUGCGUUGACGGCAAGCAUAAAAUCCUUAAGGCCUGAAGGGUGCAUGAACAAGGGAUCAAGAUUGUGCGAAGCACCAUCGAGAGUGCAAUAUGGCGUCCUAUACACGGGACUAACACUAGCAGCAAUCGGCUUCGGUGGCAUGCGCUUCACAACAGCAACUCUUGGAGCAAACCAGUUGGAUAACCCAGAACAACCAGCCGUCUUCUUCAACUGGUUCUUCCUCACUUGGUACGUUUUUUCAGUUGCAGGCUUCACCGGAAUCGUCUACAUCCAAGUCAAUGUGAGUUGGAGUGUGGGGUUCUGGAUUUGUGCUGCUUCCAUCUUGAUUGACGUGAUGGUUUUCUUGGUGGGGUACCGCUAUUAUCGCCCUGAAAACCCACAAGGAAGCGCCCUUGUGGAUCUUGCUAGAGUUAUUGUUGCUUCUGUUCGAAAGUGGAAGUCUCAGCUUUCAUCAACAACACAUAAUUACUAUAGUGGCUCGGUUCCAGUGUCGGCAGUACCGGGAAAAAGAUUAAGUUUUUUCAAUCGUGCAGCUCUAGUAACUGAGGGAGACUCAAUUGAGAAAUCAUGGAGGCUGUGCACUGUUCAACAAGUGGAAGAUUUUAAGAAAGUGGUUGGAAUCUUGCCACUAUGGACUUCAAGUAUUUUCCUAUCAACUCCAAUAGCAAUGCAAAACAGCUUAUCAGUUCUUCAAGCUUUGGUAAUGGAUGAUCAUAUAGGACCCCAUUUCAAAUUCCCAGCAGGUUCCAUUACCGUCAUAGUCCUAUUUUCCGCAGCAAUUUUCCUCUUCCUUCUUGAUAGAGUUUUAUGCCCACUGUAUCAGAAGCUAGUUGGGAAAACACCUACACCACUCCAACGAAUAGGAGUAGGACACGUGUUCAAUAUCCUAGGUAUGGUUGUUUCGGCAAUUGUUGAAUCGAAGAGGCUUAAGAUGUUCCAUGAUAGAAACAAAUCUAUGUCAAUACUUUGGUUGUUCCCACAAUUGGUGUUGGUUGGUGUUGGAGAAGCUUUUCAAUUUCCGGCGCAAGUUGCACUCUAUUACCAGCAACUUCCAGAGUCAUUGAGGAGCACAUCAACGGCUAUGAUUUCUUUGCUCAUAGGGAUAGCGUUUUACCUUAGCACUGCCUUGAUUGAUCAAGUUCGUACAAGUACUCAUUGGUUACCUGAUGACAUUAAUUUUGGGAGAGUUGAUAAUGUGUAUUGGAUGUUGGUCAUCUUGGGUGCUAUCAACUUUGUGUAUUACCUUGCAUGUGCUGCUUUCUACAAGUAUCAUCAUAUGCUCUAAUUCUAGAAGUAGAUGAUCAUUUCUUUCUCAAUCUCGCUACAUUAUCAACAGUAUUUCUGAUAAUUGUGUUCAAUGGUAGUGUCUUUGUGGAUGUGUCUAAUAAAAAUAUAUUUUUUAUGAA